UAUUAGCAAAGCUGAUAUAACCAAGCCUUCAGGCACCUCUACGAGGCAUAAUGACUACCUUCAUGCGUUAGAUAAAAUUGCAGAUUCUAUUCGUUUAAAGUUAUCAGAUCUACUUUCAAAAUUAUCUAAGCUCAAUGUAGAAUAUAGAAAUGGGUUAUACGAGUUAAUUAUGCAGGUACAGAAAUGUAAACCUGAUAUUACAAUUUUGGAACAAUAUAUAUUUCGAUAUAAUCUGAAAUCAGAGUGUGAAGCAUUAAUAGAUUUCCGAAAUACAUGGUACAAG